CGCAUUUAUUACUGCGCAUGUACGAUCCCGGAUAAGCUAUAGACGAAUGAAUGUCUAAGCGUGUCACUCACGGGGGUAUUCGAGACUUCCGGUAGGUUCUUCGAUGCCCUAUUUUCGCGUAGCAAUGCGUAACGGCGCUGUACUUGAGCCGAUGCUCCCGAUUCUCGGAUCUGAAGCUAAGUAGAGGGCAUGUUAGCGUGAUCGCGAGCGAUGGUGACAAUCUUAUGGGGGACUCGAUUCCAAACAGCACUGUGGUCGGUUGUUCGCCAUCCCUAUCUACUAUCAACCCGGUUAUGGCAACUCAGAAGUCGCGAGCUCGAAACCCCCAGGAAUGACGCCCAAAGGAAUCUAUUAAAAACCUUGACCAUGGCCGCGGGUCGCGAGUUUGUCCUGUUGCUGAUUUUGUCAAUGUGCGAUACUGGAGCGCCACCGCGUUGCUUUGAAGUCCGGCGCGGCAACCCGUCAUUUGUCGGGACCAUCAUCUUGAAGGCUUACUCGAAGAGUCAUACUCUUUGCAUCGUGAUUGAUCUCCCAGUCUUGACAGGACUUGGUGACAGGGAAACAUGCAGUACUUUUCUUGAGCGUGUCUCGGCCGAGACUUGCAUGAGAGUGCGGGGAGGUUCGUGGACACUGCAACCCUGUCAACCAAACGUGGACGGGAAAAUGUGUGGCCCAACUGCAGCAUUGUCGGGUCGAUCAUCAUCUUGUGCCAAGGGGUAAUUAGCCUAAGGCUGUCCCCAUUUCUGGAGGGAAAAGAUGUUGGAUACUGGUCAUUGUACACAAGCGAGAGGGCUGCAGACGGUGAUGGGUUGAUGCGUGUUGGGUGGAAAUAUUGGCAUCGAAUGCGGCGAGGAAGGGACUUUUGGUUGCUUGUUCUGGACGUGGGGAUGACAGUAACCUGUUCAUUGCCCCAGUCAAGGCCCAAUUGUAGACGAACAAGGCCUCCGAGAAGGGCUGUCGCCAAGAGAAGGGUUGCCACUGGGAGUGAUUGGGCCAGUUUGGCGAGCAAACGU